UGCGCUGGAAUGCCGCAUGCCGCGGCGCUCCACAACACAGUCGCCGUUCGGCUGCCACACAACAGACGUCAGACAGCGGGCCGCCCGACGCGCUGGAAUUCCACUCCGCCUGUCACCAGCCUCACGAUCUAGCUGGGUCCGUUGCUAACUGCCAGGCUGCGUUAGAGUGGAGACCGGGGGAGGGCAGCGUCGAGUGGCAGCUAAAGCCGAGAUGGGGGAGCAGGAGGUGGGCGCGUGGUUCUCGGGCCGCAGCGUGCUGGUGACGGGCGCCACCGGCUUCGUGGGCGGCGUGCUGCUCGAGAAGCUGCUCCGCGAGUGUCCCCGCCUCGCGGCCGCCCACCUGCUGGUGCGGCCCGCCGCCCACGAGACGGCCGAGCAGCGCGUCGCGAGACUCCUCGACUCACCGCUGUUCUCGCAGCUGGAGGGCGACGAGUGGCGGCAGCGCGUGUUCGCGGUGCCGGGAGACGUGUCGCGGCCGCAGCUGGGGCUGCAGCUGCCUGCAGAGGCGGCGGCCCGCCUGCUGGACCAGGUGUCCGUCGUCUUCCACUGCGCCGCCUCCACCAGCCUGGCCGCCGGUCUGCGCCGCACCGUAACGGCCAACCUCGACUCCACGCAGCACCUGCUCGACCUCUGCAAGCAGAUGCCCAACCUACAGGUGUUGGUGCACAUGUCGACGGCGUUCUGCAACUGCGUGGUGCGCGACGCGGUGGCAGAGCGCGUCUACCCCACCAGCCUGCCGCCGGAGCGCGUGCUGGAGCUCGUCCACGGCCUCACGGACGCAGAGCUGGAGGCCGCCACGCCCAGCCUGGUCGGCGGCCAUCCCAGCGCGUACACCUUCAGCAAGCAGCUGGCUGAGAACCUGCUGGUCGAGCGCCGGCCGCCUGGACUCAGACUCGUCAUCGUGCGGCCCUCCAUAGUUUGCGGGGCCGCGCGCGAGCCGGUGGCGGGCUGGAGCGGCGGACCUGUUGGACCAAUACGAGACAGAUCGACAGUUUUCAUAACACCACGUCAUGUGAGACUUUGUAUCAGCACUAUAAGCUGGAAUCCAAAACAUAGCCCAAGGGAGGAGGGCGUGCAGGUGUACCACGCGACGUCGGGCGCCCGGCGGCCGCUGCGCUGGGGCGAGUACGCGGCGCUGGUGCAGCGCGCCUGCAGGAGGGCGCCCAGCCGCCGGCUGGCGGCGCCGCCCACCACCUACUGCCGCGCCUGGCCGCCCACCGCCGCCCUCACCUUCCUCGUCACGCACCUGCUGCCCGCUCUGCUCCUGAACGCCCUGCGCUGCGACCGGGGGCUGCUGCAGGCGCAGCGGAAGUACUGGCGCGCCAUGUGGCGUGCGCGCUUCUUCUCGUGCCGGGACUGGUGUUUCCGGACUGGUGCCGCCGACAGACUACGUGCCCGCAUGUCGCCGGCCGACCUCCGUCGAUUUGCUGUCGACGUCGACUCUGCUGGCGUCGACUGGGAACGACUCUUCAGCGACUCAGCGCUCGCCGUGCGCCGCUACGCGCUGCGGGAGGACCCCGCCACCAUACCGGCCGCAAGGGCGCGCAUGCGCAGGCUGGAGGUGACCUUCUGGUUGGUGGCACUGUGCAUUGCAUCAAUGCCACUACUGCUGUGCACAGACAUUGUAGUAGGUGCCAUCUGCUCGGUGCUGGUCAUCACAUUCCUGCUCUGGCUGUGACAUGAACCACCACCACCAGACAGUCAGCUCACCAGCAUCUGUCUCCUGCCUGGUACCUGCAUUCAUACCCACCGUUGAUACCAGCAUCGACAGUUUUGGUGAAUACUGUCUGUCAGCUGUCACUUUGGUAAUUGUGAAGUGUACUCAUGACAAAAGUUAUGCUUGUAUUUUGCCCAUCUGUAUUGUAAUGUAUUCUUAAUGGCUACAGUACAACCUGUUUUAUCUCCUUAAUA